CCGGAUUACAACCAGCACAAGCUGUCAGAGAGAGAGAGAGAGAGACAGACACACAGACAGACAGACAGAGAGAGAGAGAGUGCUACUGAAAUCACUUGUUCAGAAGAGACUUCGAAAACAAACGCGCCAUGGAGGCUGGAACGAGAGGGAUGCACUGGAAACUUUUGUUACUUUUUUGUCUUUUAGCGGACGGGAUGAGCCAGGACUUCGGACAGACACAGUUCAUUUGCACGUCCGUUCCCAAGGAUAUGGACAUAUGCGCCGCCACACUGCAGAACAGCGUUCCCGGGGAGGACCUCAAGAGCACGGUCAUGCAACUGCGAGAGACUGUGCUCCAACAGAAGGAAACGAUCAUGAACCAGAAGGAAACCAUCAGGGAACUGACUUCCAAGCUGACGCGGUGUGAAAGUCAGAGCGCAUCCGAGCCCGGAGACGCGCGGGUCGGCGGACGACGGAAGGAAAUGGGCACCAAGAACACAAUGGGAGAUGUGUCGAGGGGUCCCACGGACACACUGGCUCAACUCUCGCAGACUUUACAGUCACUCAAGCAGAGGCUUGAAAACCUGGAGCAAUUCAGCCGGAAUAACAACUCCGUCCAGGCGAACAGCUUGAAGGAUCUUCUUCAGAACAAAAUCGACGACCUGGAGAAGCAGGUCCUGUCCCGUGUGAACGGAUUGGAGGAAGGGAAGCCCGGGUUGCGCAACGAGAGCGAGCAGCGCGGGCGCGUGGAGUCCACUCUCACCUCACUGCACCAGAGAAUAACCGAUCUAGAAAAAGGUCAAAAGGACAACAGACCACUGGAUAAAUUUCAGCUGACGUUCCCUCUGAGGACCAACUACAUGUAUGCUAAAGUCAAGAAGAGUCUGCCGGAGAUGUACGCCUUCACAGUGUGCAUGUGGCUCAAAUCCAAUGCCUCUCCAGGAGUGGGGACGCCUUUCUCUUACGCAGUCCCAGGACAGGCCAAUGAACUGGUUCUUAUUGAGUGGGGAAACAACCCAAUGGAAAUGCUCAUCAAUGACAAGGUUGCUAAGCUACCUUUCCUGAUCAACGAUGGGAAAUGGCAUCACAUUUGUAUCACAUGGACCACUCGAGAUGGAGUGUGGGAAGCUUAUCAGGAUGGUGUAAUGAGGGGAAAUGGGGACAGUCUGGCCCCUUAUCAUCCAAUCAAACCACAAGGGGUAUUGAUUCUGGGACAAGAGCAGGACACUCUCGGUGGAGGGUUUGAUGCUACUCAAGCGUUUGUCGGUGACAUGGCCAAUUUCAACAUUUGGGACCGAAAGCUGUCCGUGGGAGAGAUUUAUAACUUGGCCACAUGCAGCAGCAAAGCACUAGUGGGGAACGUCUUCUCUUGGUUGGAAACCAGCAUUGAGAUCUACGGAGGGGCCUCGAAAUGGACAUUUGAGGCCUGCCGCCAACUGAACUAAAGAGCACAGAAAUCUCCCAGCCAAUGGGAGAUACGAGUUACCAGGGGUCUGUUACCAAAUCAUUCAUCUUUAAAGCACAUUUUCAAUCAAGGCCGAACAUGGACAUCAAUAUCAACGGGAAUUUUCUAGAUAUUUCUUGUCUCUUAACACUUCUCAGUCCUAAAAACGAUCACGUCUUUGUCAUUUAUUUUUGGAUGUGGAAGGCAAAAGCUGGUGUUGGUGAUAAUUCAGAGUUUUAGCUUGAAGGCACCGUGGUUCUGCUUUAGGCAAGCAACGCCUUACUGGAAAACUACUUAACGUGAUACGGCUCAGACUUCCAUCUUAACAGCCUGGAUCAUUUGACCGCUCCCUGCGUACAGGAAGCCAUGUAGUCAUGCAGUAGAUUUCUGAACCACUUAGGUUACUGUUCUCCAUCAGGAUUAUUAGAUAGAUCUAUCCACUGCCUGGGAUACUCACUGUGAACUUCGGAUGUAGAAUGUAAAACAAGCAAAGCUGAGUGUGUUAUUCUUUUUUCACACGCUUCUGUUCUGUCUUAUCACCUCCUGCUUGAAGCAUUUUUUUUUUUUUUGGUGUGUCUGUGUAUGUGUGUGUGGGUUGUUAAAAAAAAUAACUUGAUAAUUGCCAACACAUUUCAAGCCUGGGUGCCUUGGGCUGUUGAAAAAAAAAAACUCGACACAUUUGUCAUUAUUUGCAAUGUACUUCUAUUUAUCUCUUUCUUUCCUUGUGUAACUACUGAUACGUUAUGUUGAUUACAACUUGUCACAAUUGAAAUGGUCAGGCUGGUAAUUCAGUUGUUUAAAUCGUGGCGUGCUCGGCAGGUGUUUGUAUUUUUCAAGGAAUGUUACGUGUAAAGAAAACAGCAUGAACAUCUAAAUGCUGCAACAGCAUCAAUGAACAAUUGCUUUUAUUAGCUCAUUUUGGGUUGAGAUUUUAUACUGUAUUGUUAUAUGCUAAAAGCAUGGCAGCACUGAAAGAUGAAAAAGGUCUAAGUUUUGUAAUAAAAUUGUUAUACAAAAAAUA